AUGCCAAAAACUAGACGUCAAGAAGCUGCAGAGGCGAAGGGUGGUGUUUCAAAAUCGACGCGAUCAGGAGCUCCACUAGCAGAUGAUGCCUCAUCGGCAGACUUUCUCAAUAAAAUUCAUCGACCACCGCCAAAAGUAGAUAUGAAAGUCGCAAGAAAAUAUGCUCCAUCCGCUAGGCAGCCUCGACAACCUGUACAGGUAGCACCGGAAUCAGACGAGGAUGUGGAAGAUGCACUGAACAAGCAAUUAAAUGAGAAUAAUGAGGAUCCAUCCGGGUUGGAGCCGGAAGAUAUGACGAAGGAACUUGAAAAUGCUCAGCCAGCAUCACCAGCUGAGAAAAAAAAGAGGGGCCGUCCCAGGAAAGAACAAAUAACAAAGGAAAAAGAAAAGGGAGACGCGCAAGACGUAUCACAACUUCAAAGUGCUUCUCCGCAAAAGCGCAAACGAGAUGAUGCAAGUAUCUAUGACUUCAAUGUCGAGGAAGAUGAGCAAGAUAUCCGACCCGCGCGUUCCAAGCGAGCGAGUAAAAGUUUAUCGGUGAAGGGCACCCCGAAACCCAAGCAGUAUAGUGUGAAGCCCAAAAAAGUUCGGGAUCAGCCUGAUACGAGCGUUGUUGAUAAGUCUGGAGAUUUUGAUGAGGAUUUGCCUGACUUGGCAGAUAUUGGAAAUGGUAACUCCACAUUUGACCGAGAACCUGGACAACCUGACGGAGGUGCCUCCUUCAACGACAGACGUGCAAGUGUUCGGAAAUCGAGAGACGACAGAGAGCAUGUAGACGAUGGAGAAAAUGAAGACGACGAAGACGACGGAGGCGAUGGAAUAACAGAAAUAGCUAUGCCUCUAACCCCGGCAAAGUCGCAAGGUCAAAUUUCGCGAGAACAGCAUAAAAAAAGCGCGAAUCUUGCGAGGACAAUCAGUAGCAACCAUGCAAAUGGUGGCCAUAAAAACAGGAAUCAGACUUCACGCCAAUUGAGCGGCAGAGAAGAGCAAAUCGGAGAAGAUGAGGAGGAGCUUGGAGAAGACGAAGAAGGUGGAGAGGAACCGGGAGCAGUGGCCAAUGAUGUUGGAGAAGAACCUAAUGUAGCGACCGCUGCCAGUGUUCCAAAACAACGUGAAGCGGCUGGAGAAGAAGUUGAUGAUGAAUCCGAUGGCGAGGAAGAAAGUUAUCAAGAAAUUUCCCAACAACUUGUCACAUGGACUGGAAUCGUUACCCGUACUUUUUUUCCGGAUAUUGAAAAAAUAUCAAAACGACUUGGCUGUAGAGAGACUAGGGGUACAUGGAUACCAGUAGUUUUGGAGAAGCGUGGCCUUGCAACAGAGUCUGGAAAGAAUAUGGAACGAAAUUUGAAAGUUCUCCAAAAACUCUAUCGAAUCCUCAAAGGAGCAAUAAAGGAGGAGAACGACGCCAAGCAAAUCGAAGCUAAUUCGCAUAUCGAGCAAAUCAUUGAUCGUUUGGAUAAAAGGGUAGACAAUAAGUUACAGCCCUUGAAGAAUGACGCCCCCAAGCCUGAUGAGAGAAAGAGACGUAGAUAUCUGGAAGAUAUAUACAUUGUUCUCAUUCGGGAAUUUUUAAGUGUCUUGAAAACCGCAAUUCUUACAUAUGGAAACCUUCAGCUGUUGUCAAUCGAUGCUUUAUCAACUGUGAUUCGGAUCACUAGAGUAAUCCUCAAACUUUUCGAUAAACUCGAAGAACAGAAGCAGGAGGUGCAGCCUAAGAAUUGCGGCCAGACGAAACAACCAUUGAAGGAGCUUCGCCCUCAUUUGCGAAAUGUAUUGUUGCAAAGAUGUCAAAUGAAGAUUGCUGAGCUCCGUAGAGAGGAGGAAAUUGAGAAACGUCUUGCAUUGACCCAGGAAAUCAGGCGUAUGCGGGAAGAAGAAGACGCCAAGUUGGAAACCGAGAGAAUGGAGCAAGAGCGAAAAACAAGAGAAUUCAACUCAUCCCAGCAGAAAACCAUAAUGGCCAGUCCAAAGAAAGCUAGUCUGAUCGAACUUGAAAUGGAGAGAAUUGCAUACCGAAAACUCCCACAAGCUGAAAGAAUCAGACUAGAGCUGGAAGCGGAAAAUAAGAAGAGAUCGAGAAGGCCGGUGCAACAGAUACCACAAGUAGAACGAGAACGUUCCGCUGCCUCGUCACAAGGAAGUCAAAACAAUAACGAGGACCGGAAUGAUCCAUUCUCGGACAACUAUGACCCUCCUCGAGGUGCCAACAGAAAUCCAGUCUCUGCUCAACCUCGAAGAGAAGCCAAAUUUGGCGAUAUUCCUGAUGAUGAAAAACAGAGAUUCUAUGACCAUUUCAAAGAAAGGUAUAGAUACGAAGAAGAGCAAGGCUUAAAUGAUGAAGAGUUUUGGGGUCGUUUACAGAAAGAUUUACAUGGUGGUAGGUACACUCUAGAUGAAAUCUGGGGCUUUGCAAGGGAAUUGCAGGCAAGUUUAGAUUCUGCACAUGAUGAAGGGGAGUUUCAAGGGGAGGAGCAUUCCUGGACAUUUUAUGUUUGGGAUUGGGACAUGGAAUCGUAG